AUGAUCAAGUUUAGGUCAGGGGAGUUGACAUGUCUCAAGUCCAAUACGCCAACUAACACAAAACUUGGCCAGAACACAAAAGCAUUGGUUGCUAGCGUUUCAGAGAGGACAGUCAGACACUCAAAUGCAAUGGCUGCUGUUUUUAAGGCCGUUGAUUCUAUCAGCAACGAAGUGGCGACCAUUCUCCAAUCACCUGGUGAUGAUGACGUUGCGGUAACUGAGAAAGAAGACAAACUACAAGAACUAAUGGAAAUAAAUCAAGGGUUGCUCCAAUGUAUGGGGGUCGGCCAUGCUUCAAUUGAAACUGUGAUUCGAACAACAUUGAAAUACAAAUUGACAACCAUGCUGACAGGAGCUGGUGAUGGAGGCUGUGUCCUGACACUAUUACCAACCUUGUUCUCAGGAACAAUUGUUGAUAAAGUAAUUGCGGAGCUUGAGACCUGUGGAUUCCAAUGUUUGAUUGUUGGAAUUGGGGGAACGGUCGUCAGAUUUCCUUCCACUCUUCGUCCUGAUUUUCUCAGAACAGGCACUAAUCUUAAUUGCUGAUAGAAAAUCCAGUUCAAAGAUUAGGUGCAACAGGGGCCAGAGAGGUGAAAGCAAUUUUCUACAUUUAAUUGAGGCUUAUUUGCAAGUGAUGAUGGCAAUAGAAACUACGCAAGGCUGUAAGUUAAUUUUUGCAGGCCAUGUUUAUACCUUCAGCUGAAGCACUUGACACUAGUUAUUUUAUGAGCCGCUACGUUCGGAACCCAGAAGAAGAAAAUGUUGGUGGUGACAGUUACUUUGAUGACAUGACUGAAACAUGUAGUAUUUGUUAUUUUUAAAAAAAUGCAUAAAUGUCUAUGACGGGUAUUUUAAUUUUGUUUUCAAGCUUAAUUUAUUUAUUAUUUUAAUAAACAUCAAUUA